AUGAUGGAAGAUAAAAGCCAAAGCGAGGUACUCACAAUAAAAGAUGCAAUAAAAAUAAUAAAGUCUGACGAAUCAAUCGACGUCGAACCAUUAAAAUUGAAAGUGUAUAAAAAGAGGUGGCUAAUGCUAAUCAUCUAUAUGAUUUAUUCUGGAUCAAAUUCUUUUCAAUGGAUAGAAUACUCGAUUAUAACCAACGUAAUUACUAGAUAUUAUGGAGUAUCUUCGAUGAUGAUUGAUUGGACCUCGAUGUUGUUUUUGGCAAUUUACACAGUGUUCAUCUUUCCAGCGUCGUAUAUGACAGACAAGUGCGGUCUGCGGUGGACCAUCAUCAUAGGUGCUGGUAUUAAUUGUCUGGGUACCUGGAUAAAAAUGUUUUCCAUUCAACCCGAUAGAAUUUACGUUGUUUUUAUUGGUCAAUCGAUAGUCGCACUCGCGCAGACUAUGAUUCUGCCGUUACCAGGACGCUUGGCCGCGCAAUGGUUUCCUCCUACCCAACUCUCGACCGCCACAUCUUUGAGUAUUUUUGGCAAUCAAUUGGGAGUAGCGUUGGGUUUUCUUUUAGGGCCUAUAAUAGUGAAAAAUCACAACAAUCUGGAUGACAUCGGCAAAGAUUUGUCACGUUUAUGCUGGAUGGUCGCAAUCGUCUGCACAAUUGCAUUCGCUCUUGUGCUUACGUUAUUUCAGAACGGACCGAAACUACCGCCGAGCAAAACGCGGGCAUUGCAAAAAAUGAAUCGGACGAAGAAAAGAGAAAAAUUCAUGGAACCGAUUAAAAGGCUCUACAGAAACAAAAACUUCAUUAUGCUCUGUAAUUCCUAUGGUUUAAAUAUCGGUGUAUUCAAUGUUAUGUCUACAUUACUCAAUCAGAUAUUCCUCGCACACUUUGAGAAUGGAGAAGAAGAUGCAGGUAGAAUUGGCUUAAUCAUGAUUCUUACCGGUAUGAUCGGUUCUGUCAGUUUUGGUAUUAUUCUUGAUAAAACGCAUAAAUACAAACAAACUGCCGUGACUGUAUAUUUUCUUACAUUUUGUGGUCAAAUAUUAUUCACGGUGUUUACUUGCAUGGGUAUAAAAUGGAUGGUAUACGUGUCGGCGAUUUUCUUAGGAUACUUUAUGUCGGGAUAUCUGGCAAUGGGAUUUGAUUUGUGCACUGAAUUUACGUAUCCAGAGUCGGAAAAUAUACCUGCGGGUCUUCUCAACAUAACAACCAGCAUUUACGGCAUUAUACUGAUUACAUCAUUAGGAUUAUUAAUGAACAUAUACGGCGACAUUCCGGUGCACAUCUGCUUAUGCUUGGCUUUGCUACUCGGUUUCAUUUUGACUGCUAUAACAAAAGACAAGCAGAGACGACAAGACGCAAUAAAGAGAGCUCAAUUUGAAAGAAUCGCUAGAAUUGAAAAGCAAACCGACGGCGUUCCAGAAAUGACUCAAUUAACUUAUAGCAUUAUUUAA